AUGCAGAUCUUUGUGAAAACAUUGCACGGGACAACCAUCGUUCUAGAAGUAGAGCCGGAUGAUAAAAUUGACCAAGUUAAACAAAAGAUUCAGGAUAAAGAUGGCAUCCCCCCUGAUCAACAACGCUUAAUUUUCGCUGGCAAGCAAUUGGAAGAUGGACGAAUCUUGUCAGAUUAUAAUAUCCAAAAAGAAUCUGUGCUGCACCUUACGCCUAGAUUGUGUGGCGGAAUGUUUCAUGAAACCAGCGGUCGUACAGGAUUUGAUGAAUUACCACUACUUCCUCAACCUGAAGAACGUACGCAUUCACAACCCGAAGAACAGGAAGCUCCACGAGUUGAAGUUCAUGAUGAUAAAAACGAAGAAGAGGAUAAUAAUAUUUACACGUGUUGUAUACCAUUAUUUAACAUGAUAAACCUUUUAAAAACCGGUAAAAAAAAGGCUGUACCAGCUAAUAUUCCGGAGAGUUCUGUUACCGUUACUCCGAAACUUCCGACCACAAAAGAGGAGUUAUUAGCACUAUUACGUGAGGAAGAAAGACGAAGGAUGUCACCUGAAUUACAAGAAUCAUAUCGCAAAGUUGGUAAUGAUCCUACUUGUGGAAAAGAUUGGAUGGAUAUUACUGAUCAGAUGCAACAUGAAUUGGUUCGAGAAUUUGGCUAUUCGGAUGAGGCAGUACAACUAAUGCGGCGUGCACCGCAACUUUAUCCAGAUGAUCCUGAAUUUCGUACCACUCAAGUAUAUGUUCGUAAUAAUAUCGCACACAUUGGAAACCUUAAAGAAGGAAUGCAAGCACCAGACUGUCCUCUUAUUCCACUGAAAUAUUCAGACACAACGGUCCCAAAUGUGUCCAUGGAAGAUUCAGAAACGACAGUUCCGAAUCUAGCUGUGGGAUCAACUGAUGAUACAGAUUCACCAAAAUCAAUUUCUUUACGCUCUCUUUGUCGAUCAGAACGGCCUCUAGUUCUCCUUGCUGGCUCUCAUACCUGUCCUUUAUAUCGAUAUAUUUCUCAUGUGCUUAAUGAUAUGUAUGAUCGAUAUCGAACUCGAGUAGAUUUCUAUAUGAUACAAAUCAGGGAAGCACAUGCUAGUGAUGUUUGGCCGAUUGGUAAUAUUGUAGACGUCAAAGAGCAUAAAACAUUAGCCGAUCGUUUAGCCGCAGCAGACGAAAUGGUUAAAGCGACAAAGUUAAAAAUUCCAGUAUUGGCAGAUACAAUGGAUAAUACCUUUUUAAAAUUAUACUGUCCGUGGCCGUUCCGCUUUUUCGUCGUUGUAGAUGGUAUUUUAAAGCUUGUUGGAAUGCCAAAAGAGGCUCGUUACGAUACUACUGACUUAGUUAAAUGUUUAGAUACUCUCUUAAAAUAA